UUUAUUCAGACACAGGCAGGAUCAGACAGGCAGGAUGGUGCAGGUGGACCUGCUGUGGAUCACUACUGCUCUUCUGUCUUCACCACUGCUCACACUAUGUCAACCACUCAAUGUCCUGUCCGCCCCGAACAUGCUGAGGGUGGGCAACACAGAGAACGUGUUUGUGGAGGCUCAAGAUUACGCUGGAGGAGCAUUCAAUGUGAAGAUCGUUGUGAAGAAUCAUCCACAGAAAACCAUAGAGCUGGAAUCUAAAUCGGUGGUCCUCAGUGCUGGAAACAACUACCAGGCACUUGUAGAAAUAAAGAUAGCUGAAAACAAGGACAUCUUCAGCGAUGGCCCCCUAGACAAGCAGUACGUAUACCUGCAGGCCCACUUUCCUUCUGGAGUGCUAGAGAAGGAGGUCUUGGUCUCCUUUCAGUCAGGCUACAUAUUCAUCCAGACAGACAAGAGCAUCUACACACCCAACAGCACAGUUCAGUACAGAGUCUUUUCAGUGAGUCCUGAUCUGCAGCCACUUGACCAGAAUGAAGUCUCGGUUGAAAUCAUAAAUCCUCAGGGAAUUGUACUUGUUAGGGAAGCAUUCCUCUCUAAACAAGGGACUCUGACUAAGAAGUAUGAUAUCCCUGAAAUUGCCAGCCCUGGAAUAUGGAUGGUAGCAGCACGCUACAAGAAUGCCCCUCAGAAGAACUUCACUGCUGAGUUUGAAGUGAAAGAAUACGUGCUGCCAACCUUUGAGGUCACCUUAAAUCCAUCGAGGUCUUUCUUCUACAUUGAUGAUGAUCGCCUUCAAGUGGACAUCACUGCAAAGUAUCUGUUUGGGAACAAAGUGGAAGGAAGUGCAUUUGUGGUGUUUGGUGUGAUGCAUGGUGACAGCAAGACCAGCCUGCCAGCCUCUUUAAGAAGAGUGACGAUCAGUGACGGAGCAGGAAGUGCAACACUGAAUAAAGAGAUGAUCCAGAAAACUUUUCCAGACAUCAAACAGCUGGUUGGAAGCUCUUUGUAUAUUUCAGUCAGUGUUUUAACAGAAACUGGCAGUGAAAUGGUGGAAGCUCAGAGGAGAGGCAUUCACAUUGUGACAUCACCUUAUACCAUCCAAUUCAAAAGAACACCCAAAUUCUUCAAACCUGGAAUGCCCUUUGAUGUCAUGGUUUAUGUGACGAAUCCAGACCAGACACCUGCUGGAAACGUUGAUGUUGUGGUCAGCCCUGGAGGCGGGCAGGGUCGGACCAAGGCCAAUGGCAUGGCAAAGGUCACAGUCAACACUCAAGCGGGAGCCAGGAGUCUACAAAUUAAUGUAAAAACCAAUGAUCCAGCCAUAUCAAACAACAGACAAGAUGAAAAGCAAAUGACUGCCGAAGCCUACAUUACUAAAGGAGGCUCCAACAAUUACCUUCACAUUGGCAUUGACGUUGAAGAACUGAAAGUCGGUGAUAAUUUGAAAGUUAGUCUGAACUUCAUCAGAAGCCCUGGUGUCCAAAAUCAAGAUUUCACUUACCUGAUCCUCAGUAAAGGACUGAUUGUCCAAGCAAACAGGUUUAAGAGGCAAGGACAGUCUCUAGUGACUCUGCCAGUACUUAUAACCAAGGACAUGCUUCCUUCUUUCCGUGUGGUGGCAUAUUACCACGUGGGAUCUUCUGAGGUGGUGGCUGAUUCAGUCUGGGUUGAUGUAAAGGACACAUGUAUGGGAACGUUGCGAGUGGAGGUAAAGGAACCCAAGAGAUCAUAUGAACCUGGGGAGCGGUUUGGUCUUAAAAUUACUGGAGAUCCUGCUGCCAAGGUUGGUCUUGUAGCUGUGGACAAGGGCGUCUUUGUCCUCAACAAGAACAGACUCACGCAGGAGAAGAUCUGGGACAUCAUUGAGAAGCAUGACACUGGCUGUACAGCUGGCAGUGGUAAAGACAGCAUGGGGGUUUUCUAUGAUGCUGGUCUGCUGUUUGAGUCAGACAAAGCAGGGGGCACCAGCUCUAGAACAACAACUGACUGUCCCACUUCACCAAAGAGAAAACGGAGAGCUGAAACUCUUUUACAGAUCACCCAAACACUGAUUGGAAAAUACAGUGGUGAUGAAAAGCAGUGUUGUGCAGAUGGACUGAGGAAGAAUCGGCUGGGCUACACAUGUGAACGGAGAGCUGCAUUCAUCGCCGAUAGUGUAGAAUGUGUUCAAGCUUUCCUGCACUGCUGCAAGGAGAUACAGAAACGCAAGAAGGCAAAUGCAGAGGAGGAAAUGCUGCUGGCUCGCAGUGAAGACAAAGAUUAUAUAAGCUCAGAUGCAAUUACUUCACGUACAGAUUUCCCCGAGAGCUGGCUCUGGGAAGACAGGGUACUGCCAAGCUGCCAAAUAGGCCAAUGUGCUACAACAACCCUCAACAUGGACAAUAUUCUUCUGAAAGACUCCAUCACUACCUGGCAGAUCCUAGCCAUCAGCCUGUCUAAGACCGAUGGUAUCUGUGUGGCUGAUCCUUAUGAAAUGAUUGUUAAAAAGGAUUUAUUUUUGGACCUGAAGUUGCCUUAUUCAGCAGUGCGCAACGAGCAAUUAGAGAUCAAGGCCAUUCUGCAUAACUUCUCUAAUAAAAAACAGAGGGUGCGUGUGGAUUUCAUAGGGAUGAAGAAUGUUUGCAGUGCAGCCAGCAAAACGGGCAGGUACCGUACCACAGUUAAUGUUGAAGCACAGUCCUCCAGAUCCAUCUCAUACAUUAUUGUUCCCUUGGAGCUGGGCAACCACUGGAUUGAGGUGAAGGCUGCAGCAUAUGAGUCAACACUUACUGAUGGAGUAAGGAAGGCCCUGAAGGUGGUGUCUGAAGGCGUGUUAACUACAGUUGAGGAGAAGAAUGUGGAGCUCACCCCCACUAAAUUUCCUGGUGGUGUGCAAGUUGUGCAUAUGAAGAGUAACAUACCAGAAAGGCUGAUUCCAAACACUCCUGCACAUACAUACAUUACUGUGUCUGGUCAGGAGCUGAGUAUGACAGUCGAGCAGGCCAUCAGUGGUGACUUCAUGGGGCGUCUGAUUGUGCAGCCUGGUGGCUGUGGAGAGCAGAACAUGAUCUACAUGACAUUGCCCCUCAUUGCCACGUACUACUUGGACACCACCAAGCAGUGGGAGAGAGUGGGCGUCCACCGCCGUGCUGAAGCUGUCAGACACGUCCAGACAGGUUAUCAAAAUGAGCUGGCUUACCGUAAAGUGGACGGAUCCUAUGCCGCUUGGAUAAGCAGACCGAGCAGCACAUGGCUGACGGCAUACGUGGGCAAAGUCUUUGCCAUGGCCAGUGGCCUCAUUCCCAUUCAGGAGAAUGUUCUCUGCAGUGCUCUUAAGUGGCUGGUUCUGAAUGCACAGAUGCCAGAUGGCAUUUUUCAAGAAGCUGCACCUGUGAUCCAUGGGGAGAUGGUCGGAGAUGUGCGAGGAAAGGAUGCAGACGCAUCUCUGACAGCAUUUGUCCUGAUUGCCAUGCAAGAAGGAAAUGAACUUUGUGACAAGUCUGUCCCUAGUCUUGCACAGAGUAUACAGAAGGCCACUGAGUAUCUGGAACGUAGAAUUCCCACUUUGACCAACCCUUAUGCUGUUGCUAUGACCUCCUAUGCCAUGGCCAAUGCUGGCAAAUUCGACAAAGCUCUCCUGAUGAGGUAUUCCUCUGGAGACGGUGCUUAUUGGGAAGUCACUAGUGGACACCACUUCUCCCUGGAAGCCACAGCCUAUGCCCUGCUGGCUCUGGUAAAGGCGAAGCAGUUUGAGGAAGCAGGGAAAGCAGUGCGCUGGCUCAACAGGCAGUCCGGUUCUUAUGGAACUGGCUCCACACAGGCAACUAUCAUGGUCUUCCAGUCUGUGGCUGAGUACUACAAGCAAGCGAGCAGAUUUCAGAGUGGGGAAUUGGAUGUGGAGGUGUCUGUAAGGGGCCAAGCUCAAUCUAUCAGAUGGAUUUUCAAAAGGGAAACUUCACACCUCACAUAUUCAGAAAAGGUUAACCUCAAUCAGGAAUUUACUGUUACAGCUAAGGGAAAUGGUGUGGGAUCUCUCAAAGUAGUAACACUCUACUAUGCUAGACCCACUGAGAAGGAAAGUGACUGCAGAGAUUUUGAUCUUACUGUAACCAUGGAAAGACAACGUGCCGUGUCAUAUCCAGGAGCUGAAGAAAGUUAUCUGCUCACCAUUGAGACCUUGUAUAAGAGUCAAACCAGAGAUGCCACUAUGUCUAUUUUGGAUAUUGGCCUGUUGACAGGAUUUGUGGUGGAUGAAAGUGAUCUCAGUGAUCUGACCACUGGGAGCGACAGAUAUGUCCAAAAGUUUGAGAUGGAUAAACAGCUUUCAGAACGAGGCUCACUCAUCCUCUAUCUAGACAAGGUAUCUCAUGGAGUGAUGGACACGAUUGCUUUCAGAGUGCACAAGAUCACUGAAGUGGCUAUGCUUCAACCUGCUGGCAUCACUGUGUAUGAAUACUACUCUCCAGAUAAACGCUGUACGAAGUUCUACCACCCUACAAAGAAAGAUGGAGCUCUGGACAGACUGUGCAAUGAUCAGGAGGGUCUGUGCGAAUGUACUGAAGAAAACUGCAGCAUCCAAAAGAAACAGAAAAUCGAAGAAAAAGAUCGGGAAAGAGUUGCUUGUCAACGUAACAUUGAUUACGUUUACAGAGUCAAAGUUGUGAAGACUGACUGGAGCCCAUACACAGACUACUAUACCAUGAAGAUUGAACAGGUUCUGAAAGGUGACAAUUUUGAUGAGCAAGGACAAGUGAGAAGCUUCAGAGGUCAUACUAACUGCAGAGAAUCUUAUGGAUUUGUGGAAGGCAAAGCGUACCUCAUCAUGGGUCAAAGUCAUAAUCUACCAAGGACAGAUGGAAAGCUGCAGUACGUCCUGGACGAGCAGACUUGGAUUGAAUACUGGCCCACAAAAGAAGAAGGCCAAACUCCAGAAUACAAAGAUAAAUACGUCGGCAUCACUGGACUCGCUCAGAAUCUCCUGACGUUUGGAUGCCCUCCAUAAAUGUCACUGAUACUGAUGCCAGUGUCAUUUAAUAAGUGGUUAUUUUCUAAUGAAUAUUCCACCAACUCAGCUUUGCUUAUACUAUUAUUGUGACUCCAGAUUUACUAAAGAGAAACAUUUAUUCCAAGAAGUGUAUGAACUUGGUGUGUGAUACCUGAAGAAAAUCAAAUAAACUUUCCAAAAGCAAUGAA